AUGAAACCACCAAUCCAUCCCGGAAAUCCUGUGUGGAAAACUCGUUCAGAAUGGCUCAAGAUGAAGGAAUCCACUGCUGUCGAUAUCAUUAUUACGAAAGAACAAUCACGAGAUGACCUGUUAAAGAAGUUUAGACUCAAAGACGAAAUCACAAACCAGGGGUGGGGCGAUGAACCCGUCGAAGCAGAAAGUGGUUGGGGAGAACCAAAAGCAAGCAGUGGAUGGAAAGAGACGUGGGAGUAUGCGCUUGUGUAUGUGUGUAUGAAGAGAUAA